AUGAUACACGGAGAAAUCCAUCAAGAGCAACCAAAUUGGGUGCGAUCGUGUCCUCCGGGAUUCAAAUUGGCGAUCUGGCGAAUCAUCAAACAACUCAGGAUUUCCGAGGCAAACUCAAUAUCCAACAAUGAGUCCUGCGAAGGUAAUGAUACCGAGGACCUAGAGGUUGAUUUUGAGCAACUGAUAAGUCAAGCUGAGGAAGGGAAAGAUGAGGAUUGGGGGCUUCCCCCAAAGCUAAAAAGAAUGAUCAAACAGGAAGACGGGGAAGUGAAGCCACACCAAGAAAAAAUGGAGAUUUUAAACUUAGGUGUUGGUGAAGAAAGAAAGGAGGUCAAGCAAAAGCUACGGAGGAUGAAGCCUGAGAUGUCCUUGAAGAUAAAAGAAGAGGUGAAAAAGCAAUUUGACGCUGGCUUCUUUGAUGUUGCUCAAUACCUGAAAUGGGUCGCCAAUAUCAUGCCAGUCCCUAAAAAGGAUGGGAAGAACGCUGGGGCAACUUACCAGUGGGCUAUGGUAGCAUUAUUCCAUGACAUGAUGCACAAAGAAAUUGAUGUCUACAUGGAUGAUAUGAUUGCCAAGUCAAAGACCGAGGAGGAACACCUUGUCAACUUGCAAAAGUUGUUCAAGAGGUUGUGUAAGUACCGAUUAAGGUUGAAUCCCGCAAAGUGCAAUUUCGGGGUCAAGUUGGGAAAGUUGCUCGGUUUUAUUGUGAGCCAGAAAAUGAUAGAGGUAAACCUAGACAAAAUGAAGGCCAUCCUCGAAAUGCUCGAGCCACGCACCGAGAAGCAGGUCCGAGGUUUCCUAAGAUGUUUGAACUAUAUAGUGAGGUUCAUAUCACAGUUGACUGCCACUUGUGAGCCUCUCUUCAAGCUACUGCGUAAGAACCAGUCUGUCUAA